AUGGGCGCGUUGGCGUGUUGCUUUGGCCGCGGCGGCGACGCGGACGCGGAGGCGGAUGUGAGCGCGUCGAGCGGGAGCGCGGGCACGGUCUCGGGGUCGUCGCGGAGAGUUGGAGCGUUCGCGCCGAGCUCGACGUCGAGCGUGCGAGGGGAGGGGAUGGGGCGUUUGGAGACGUCGCCGAGUAGCGAGAGCAAGCCGAGACGGGAGAGCAUCGACGUGGCGCUGAGAAAGAUAUCGCACGGACCGACGCGAGUGGACGAUCGUGGGUCGACGCGUGGAGACGGCGAUGGUAUCGGUGACGUCGUACCGGGAGAGGGGUCGGGGUCGGGGACGAAGACGGCGAGGGAUCUGAUGAGAGAGUUGGCGUUUUACUCCAAGCUCAACGCGAAAUCCUUAUCCAAGAGGCGCGCGGCGAACGAAGAGGAUUUGGACACUCUGCGACGGGCGCUGGCGCAGACGUUCACUUUCGCCGAAGUGGAAGAUGCAGUUUUAACUCGCAUCGCUUUACAAAUGUUCUUGAUCACCGUGGAGGAGGGAACCAUUUUGAUGGAGGAGAAUGAGCCGGGCGACGCGCUGUAUCUCAUCGAAGACGGCGACUUUGACGUCUUGAAGAAUCGUUUAGGCUCGGACGUUUGCGUCGUUCGUCGGGGUAACGGACAGAUCGUCGGUGAGCUGGCACUCUUAUACAGUGUCCCACGCACGGCCACCGUGCGAGCAUCGCGACGCUCGACGGUUUGGGUGUGCACACAAGACGUCUUCAAACGAGAAGUCAAGAACAGUGUGGAGGAGACGACGUUGUCGAAGAACAUAUUCAUGGAACAGGUCCCAGUUUUGAGCACACUCCCGCUCGAGACGAGGAAGCAUCUCGCGGAUGCGAUGGAACCGGUGACGUUUCAACCGUUCACGAGCAUCAUGAGCGAGGGAGACGCGAACGAUGGGAAACUUUACAUCAUCCUCUCCGGACGCGCUGUGGUCUCUAAACGCGAUCCGAACACGGGCGAUAAUCGCACGGUGAACCACCUGUUUCGUCACGACUUUUUCGGCGAGAUGGAGACUUUUCGCGGUCUGGACACGCGAGAGUUCACCGUGAGCAGCGCUGAGAAGGCGGUGUCAUGUUACUGCCUCAAUCGAGAAGUCGUGCUCGCGACACUCUCGUCUGCGAGCCAGAAACUGCUCGAUGAGAAGUCUCAAGAAAAAAUUCGCGAUCGCAUGCGUCAGCUCAAGGGUGAAAAGUCAUGGAAAGACGUCGAAAUAACUUUGCUUGGCAGCGCUCGCAUCGGGGGGAAGCAAGUGAACAUCACCACGACAGCGCGCGUGAAUCCGCGGUCAUUUAGUGAGAACACUGACCGCGAGAUCUCAAAGAUUGAGUUCAUAGAGAAGGAGAUACUCGGUGGCGGUACCGGCGGAUGCGUGCACAAAGUGAUAUCGCGGCGCGACGGUAGGCUUUUCGCGCUCAAACGCGUGCGCAAGCUCGCUGUUUUCGAUGCGCCCGCACACAUAUUCUGCGAGAAGGAAGUCACGAGUGAAAUCAGUCACUUUUCGCUGAUGUGUCAACACGCGAGCUUUCAAGACAGGGCGCAUCUGUACAUGCUGUUCGAUUUGAUGGACGGAUGCGAUUUAAUGGAUUUACUGUCGAGUGCGGUCAAGGUUAAGAUGAUUCCAUCGGAUGUGAAUGGGCAAGUGACAAACGUACCUACGCAAAUGGGCAUGGACGAAGACGCUGCUCGCUAUUACUGCGCCAUGAUCGUUCUCGCGUUCGAAUACUUGCACGCGAACCAAAUUAUAUAUCGAGACCUGAAGCCCGAAAACGUCUUGGUUGGGCUAAACGGUAGAUCCAAGCUCGGAGAUUUUGGUUACUCGAGAAAGCUAGGCGUCGGCGAACGCGCAUGGACGUUUUGCGGAACCCCAGGGUACGUGGCGCCAGAAAUCUGUCUGUCUAAGGGAUACGGGUUCGCCGUCGAUUGGUGGGCGUUGGGUGUGUUGACGUACGUCAUCAUCACGUCACGGCAACCGUUCACGAUAUCCAAGGAUCCGUCGCAGAAGGAUGACCCGAUUAAAGUCAUGCGUCGAAUCGUCGACAUGACGUACAAGGUGCAGUAUCCCACGUACGCCAGCGAUGAGGCGUGCGACUUCAUAUCCCAACUCUUGCAACGAAACGAUAUGAAUCGACUCGGAAACGUGCAGGGUGGGGCUCGCCGGAUCAAGGAACAUCCUUGGUUUGGAAAGUUUGACUGGGAGCUGUUGGAAAGUGGGGAUUACGAACCGCGGGCGGUGACACUUUCAUCUCAGUUCAUGCAGCUUCAACGUGAACGGCUUCGCGCUCUUGAACACGAUCAACUCGUUGCUACCGAGAUGGAUUCAACGAGAGGUCCGCACGAUGCCUCCAUGACGCGUGCGGCUGAAGUAUUUAAAGAUUUUUAA